AAGUAGAAGUCGAGAACGGACUUCCACUUGCGCGAUAAGCGCUUGUAAUCCAUCCAUUAACACGAGUUUUUAUAUUUUCGGAGGCUCUGCUCGUCGCUCGUCGAUGACACCUCCUCCUCCCCUUUCUGUCCCGAUUCUGGAAACCCUAACUUAACCAGAAGUCUCCGUUCAUUGGCGCUCGCCGCCGGCGAUUUUUAGCGAUAUCCUGCUUGGCUAGCUUCUCGGAGUCUGAAGGCGAGUUUUCGAGCUUCUCUCGUGCAAAAAAAAAAAAAGUUGCGUAUUUCGCGAGCUACGUACACGAUCUGAGAAGGUGCUUUUUCCUGUCAUUGUCACUGGGAGUUUGAAGUUGGCCUUCAUGCGCGUUAGCAGCACAAUUCUGUCAUGUACCACUCUUUUCACUGGGUUUAUAACACAGAGGGUGUUUGCAAACUGAUGCAAUGGCAGCCUCUAGCAAAUUUGAUCUGUCUUCUGGUAGCCCAGAUAGGCCAUUAUAUGCCAGUGGGCAGCGUGGACCCUUUGCAGCUGCUUCACUAGACAGAUCAGGUAGCUUCCGUGAGAGCAUGGAUAAUCCAAUCCUGUCAGCUCUUCCAAGCAUGUCAAGAAGCAGUUCAUCAGUAGUGCAAGGUGAUGUAACAAACUUCUUCCAGUACUUGCGCUUUGAUCCAAAGUUGAUGGCGGCAGACCAUAAGGUUCAUCGACCAGGAGACCUCAAACGGCACAUAAGUUCUGCUCUUGGGGUUUCGCCAGAUGAUUCUCCGUCUACUUCCUCGAAAGGCAAGUUGUUACCAUCUCCUGUACCAGAGGAACUCAAACGAGCCAAGGCUGGUCUGCGUGACAGCUCUAAUAAGGCCAGGGAACAUGUAAAAAUCUUGAAUGAAGCGUUAUCAACAUUUAAAAAGUAUUUCCCAAGCAUACCAUCAAGGAAGAGAUCUCGAUCAGAUGCUUUAUCUAGUGAUCGGUCCAAUGCAUCAUUAUCAGGUGACCGGUCAGUAUUGGGCUCAAGUGUAGGUAAGAUGGGAAGCCAGAGUCAUGCCAUGACAAGUGGUUUUGAUCUUGAGCAACAAAAGACAGAGGAAAGGAUAAAAUGUUCUGUUCCAAGCAAACGCACCCGCACAUCUUUGGUGGAUUUGAAGAUGGAUGUACGGCCUAAUGCUUCUGCUAGGCAAUCUGGUGCUAUAGAUAGAGACAGGGAAAUGAUAAGACUUGCAAAUAGUGGUGCUGUUCAGGGUGAGGACCGAACAUUAUCCGUCAGUGUUGAUUGGGAGAAGUCAAAAAUGAAGAAGAAGCGUUCAGGAAUAAAGCCUGAUGUUUCUCUAGGUACAGUGUCAACUAAACCUAUUGAAGGCUACCGGGAACCAAAGCAGGGAUUGCAGCAAAGACUAGUCACUGAUGCCCGUUCAAGGUUGAAUGAAUCCCAUGGGUUCAGGCCAGGAGUUGCUAAUGGAGCUGUUGGAGUUGGAAAAGCAGAUGGUAUCUCGCAACAGAUUUGCUCAGGCAUCCGUUCUUCCAUCCCAAGGACUGACCAGGACAACAGUUCUGUUCUUAAUGAUAAGAGAGAUCGCUCUGUUUGUUCAGACAAGGAAAGGGUGAAUGUCAGAGCUGUUAAUAAGACAAAUGUUCGUGAAGAUUUUAGUUCAGCUAGUCCCACUUCAAAUAUGAAAAUGAAUGCAUCUGUGCGAGCCCCACGAUCUGGUUCAGGUGUGGUGCCCAAGCUGUCCCCAGUUGUCCAUAGAGCAGCUGCUUCUAACGAUUGGGAGGUUUCUCAUCGCACAAACAAGCUUCUUGUUGCUGUUGGGGCUAACAAUCGUAAACGCACACCAUCAACACGGUCUUCAUCACCACCUGUAGCCCAGUGGGCAGGCCAGAGGCCACAGAAAAUUUCACGCACAGCAAGAAGAACAAAUUUGCUUCCUAUAGUUUCAAGUAAUGAUGAAAAUCCUGCUUUGGAUACCAUUUCUGAUGGUGCUGGCAAUGAGAGCAGCUUAGGAUUUGCUAGACGCUUGCCAAACAAUUCUCCUCAGCAAGUUAAAUUUAAAGGUGACCAUUUUUCUUCUGCUGCAUUAUCAGAAAGUGAAGAGUCAGGGGCGGCUGAAACCAAAUCAAGAGAGAAGGUCAAGAAGUCUGAUGAGAUAGAAGAGAAGGCUGGGCAGAAUGUGCAAAAGAUGUCAACUCUUGUCCUACCAUCUAGAAAGAAUAAGAUGGUGAACGGGGAAGACAUUGGAGACAAUGUUCGAAGACAAGGGAGAACUGCACGAGGUUUUACUUCAACUAGGUCCCUCAUGCCAUUGUCAGUUGAGAAGCUUGGCAGUGUGGGAACUGCAAAACAGCUUAGAAGUGCUAAACUUGGUCUUGAUAAGACUGAAAGCAAAGCAGGCCGUCCACCUACUCGAAAACUUUCUGACCGUAAAGCUUACACACGCCAGAAGCAUACAGUGAUCAAUGCAGCAGCAGAUUUUCUUGUUGGUUCAGAUGAUGGGCAAGAAGAGCUAUUGGCUGCUGCAAACGCGGUUAUCAAUUCUUCUCAUGCCUUUUCCAGCCCAUUCUGGAGGCAAAUGGAGCCAUUCUUUAAGUGUAUAUCUGAUGCAGACAUUACUUAUUUGAAACAACAGGUAAACCGUGGCCUGACAACGGCUUCAGUUUCCAUGGAUGUUGAUGGUUGUGGUACCCCCAAUGGCUUUGGGGUUGAAUGCCAGAGGGGCAUUGGAUUUGCCACUGAUACAAAGACUACCAAAUCUUUAUCAGAACAGUUCAUACCAGGAAAAAAGGUUGAUUGCCCAAUUCCACUCUGUCAGAGACUCAUGGCUGCUUUUAUAUCAGAGGAAGAAAAUAUUGAGUUCUGCUGCACAGGAAAUGAAGACCUCAAGUUUGAUGCAUAUGGAACUGGAUAUGAGCUGGAUGCAGAGUUGGAAUCCAGUUGUUUGAAUCACCAAAUGACUGCUGGCCAAGGUGCUUUUAAUGGUCACAGGAUAACUGCUAAUGGGAGUUCAUUUGAUAAGAUGGAACAUAAUGAGCCAGAAAAGGAUAUGGUGACCAUCUCAAAUGUAGGGUUUAUCUCAAACUCGGGUCAGUCCCUAAAUGGUUCUCAUUUAGACCAAGCAUUGAUGCCUAACAUAGCCUAUUCAGAAUUUCAGUAUAAUAGCAUGUCUUUGAAUGAAAGACUUCUCCUGGAGCUUCAGAGUGUUGGAAUUUUCACAGAGUUGAUGCCUGAUGUAGUACUGACAGAGGAAGAAGAAAUCAGUGAAAACAUUAGUAGAUUAGAGGACAAGUACCAUGAACAGGUUUCCAAAAACAAAGGCUUGCUGAGUAAACUGUUGAAGUCGGCUUCUGAAACAAGAGAACUCCAAGAGAAGGAGUUUGAAUGCCGUGCCCUUGACAAACUCGUUGGAAUGGCUUAUGAAAAAUAUAUGAAUUGUUGGGGUCCUAAUGCCUCCAGUGGGAAGAGUUCAAGUGGCAAAAUGGCCAAGCAAGCUGCUUUGGCUUUUGUUAAACGAACAUUAGAACGAUGUAAGAAAUUUGAAGAUACAGGCAAGAGCUGCUUCAGUGAACCUAUUUUUGGAGAUAUGUUUCUUUCUGGGUCUUCCCAUCUCCUUGAUACACAGUCAGGUGACAUGAUUACAGAGGGUGAAUCUGCCAAACCAUACACGAAUAUAUCUGGGCGUACCAUGGAAGUCAGAGUUUCAGCUUCUAUGAAUUCACUGCAAAGCCCUUCUCUGUCUUCAAGAGUAGGUCAUUCUAUAGAUAACCAUGAUGUUUAUUCUUCUGAUGCGAUUCUGUCCGUAAAUCACUCUUCUGAACAAUCUACUGGCAAAGAAGAUAUAUGGUCAAAUAGAGUAAAGAAAAGGGAGUUGUUGCUUGAUGAUGUUGGCGGUACAGCUGGUACUUCUUCAAGCAUCCCCCCCAGCAUGGGAAGUUCCCUAUCAAGCAGUACCAAAGGAAAGAGGAGUGAGAGGGACAGAGAGGGUAAGGGGCACAGCAGAGAGGUAUUAUCUAGAAAUGGAACUGCUAAAAUUGGUCGGCCAGCAUUAUCCACUGUUAAGGGGGAGAGGAAGUCCAAAGCGAAGCCUAAGCAGAAAAUGACUCAGUUAUCUGCUUCUGUCAAUGGCCUUAUUGGCAAGAUGUCAGAACCAAAACCAGUGUUGUCUUCUAUACCAAAGUCAAUUGAGAUGGCCACCGGUAGCAAUACCAAGGGAAGUAAUGAGUUUGGCUUGGGUGUAUUGGAUGACUCUGAGGCCAUCGACUUAUCCAGCUUACAGCUACCUGGAAUGGAUGUACUAGGCGUUCCUGAUGAUCUUGGUGAACAAGGUCAGGAUCUCGGUUCAUGGUUGAACAUCGAUGAUGAUGGAUUGCAAGAUCAUGACUUUAUGGGCCUUGAAAUUCCGAUGGAUGACCUUUCAGACUUAAAAAUGAUGGUUUAAAGUUGCUUUCUUUGUAUAUUCUUGUUCAUUAUACAUUUGACAAACAAAAUAGGAUCACUGUGGUCAAGGAACGACCGGCUACAUGGAUUGUUAUUUGCCGUCAUGUCCUUAAUUAGUAUAGAUUCUUUCGGGGACUCCUGCGAAGGUUGAUUCUCAAGUGAACUGGUCGGAUGUUUUGGAUUUUGCUACUUUAUGAAGUUGUUGACUUCGACUGUAAAGAUCUUUUUGUUCAAAGUACAAUGUAGUAUGUCCUUAGCAAACACUGUAUCCUGGUUGUAGCAUUUACAAAUCAGAGAACGAUCCUUUUUGUACAUACGGUUUAUAUUCUUAAUAAAUUCAGCUUUCCAUUGAAUGUGACAA